AUGGCCUCCAUCACCCGCUCCAACCGGCGAGCUGAGGGCCUUCACCCCUAUGACCGUAACGUGAACGCCAGCCCCCUCACGCGCCCGGCGCCUGGGCCAAACUCCUUCCACCACGGCGCGGCGGCGGCGGGCGGUCGCACAAAGCGAAGCCUCGACGUGGCCGAGCGCGACCUCGACGCCCUGCGGCACAAGAAGACGAGGAUCGCCGUCGAGAUACUCGCAAAGCCCCAGCUGCCUCGCGAGCCCGUGAAUGUACAGCCGCCGAUACCGCGACGAGCCGCUGUGGCGAGCAGCGCAAGUACGAGUAGGCCGCCGCCGCCUGCUGCCCCUGUGCCGCCCACCAGGCCAGCAGCGUCCACGGCCACCACGUCCACGCCCGCGCCCACGCUCACGCCCGCGCCCAUCUCCGCAGCCGCAGCAGACCCGGAGCCGCCCAACGCCAGCCUGACGAAGCACCAGGCCAAAGUAAUCAAUGGCAUACGGCACGAGCUCGAUCGUCUGCAGCCGCGCCCCGACGACACCAGGGACACCAAGGAGCAGGGCCGCAAGCUGCGGUCGCAGGAGGCCACCAGGUUCAAGAGCGAGCUGUCUGCCUAUUUCCCGGACUACGACGAGGUGAUAGGCAACGAGCCCAAGGAACAACAUUUACUCAACCCCGAUACGCCGAUUAUUAUAAUCGAUAGCAGCUUGUCGCGCGCGAUCCCCGACGCUCAACGCACUGGGCCUCGACCCCACCACCACCAGAACCCGAGUGGCGCCGACUUUCCCAUCAGAGGAUACGGCGAUGCGUUGUUCACUGACGUGUUCGACUCGCAGCGGAUCGACUUCGGCUUUCUAGACGCUCAACACAAGAACAAGAACAUCGAGGACCCCUUACCUGACAGCUUGUUCGAGCCGAUCCAUAAAAAGGCAGAAAGGGUCGAGCGGUCUAUUCGCAACACCGAAAAGGGCCGUGCGCAACAUGAAAAGGACCAGAUCAUCCGACUCCUGGAGGGCCUCCAGGGCCAUGACUGGCUGAGAGUCAUGGGUGUCAGCGGCGUGACGGAGUCGAAGAAGAAGAAGUUUGAACCGGCCCGGAAGCACUUCAUCAAGGGCUGCCAGGCGAUACUGGCCAAGUUCCGCAACUGGAGCCUUGAAGAGAAGCGGCGGAAGCUGGAGAAGGAGAAGGCUCUGGCAGAGAAGGCAGAGCGAGAAGGCGAAAGCGACGACAGUGACGCAGAAUCCCAGGAAGGGGAGGAUACCCGGUCGAGAGAGAGCGACGAGAGUGAGGACGAAGAGGACGAGGACGAGGACGAGGACGAGGACGAGGACGAAGCCGAAGAGGAUGAGCCUUCGCAAGACGAUGCCAGCGAGACGUCCUCUCCGGCCAAGCAGUUGCGACGCGAAGCAAGGGCGAGAUCGAAACUAGCGGCAGCAAACUCCAAGCGGUCACGGCCUGCUCACAAACCUGCACCGCCGACGAAGCCUCCAGAACCCCCAAGAGAGUUUAAAUCUUUCUUCGCCAAGAGGUAUGAGCGCGAGAGCGCUCUCAACAGGCAGAGACGAGCCGGCAGAAAAAUCCUCGCCUGGGGUCAUCCCAUCCCCGACAUAGCGGAAGCCGACUUUAUCCUGCCGGAAGAGUAUCGGGAUGAGGAAACACUAAAGGCGCGUGAGAGGAAGAAGCGCAGGGACAGGCGAGAGCUGCGGACUUUGAAGUAG